AUGGGCUGCUGUGAAGUGAAGCAGCUGGAAGAGCAGGCAGCAGCCGCGAGGGUGCCAUGUGCCUCAAGGGCGCUGGUGGUUUCGGAAAUGAAGACCGAGGCCAAGGGUCAGGAUCUUCCUCAGCCUGAAUGGUUCAGGCAUCCCGGAUGUGCCAUGGAAGAGAUGCAGGAGACCUUCCUUGAUUUUUAUGGGGGCCUGCCCCCCGCACCAGCCCGGUCCCCGCACCGGCGGUGCCCGACGGGCUUCGCCUCGUACGCGCCGUCGCGCAUCUCCCUCGGCGGCAUCUCGGCCGCUCCGCAGCACCGGGGCCGGGAGUUGCGCUUCCAGGGGGAAUCACAGCUCCUGCAGAGGGAAAUAAAUGUUGACUCCUAUGAUGUAACUGUGGAAGAAGACCUUGGAGAGAUUCAGCUAAUAAAAAUUGAGAAACGAAAAUAUUGGUACCAGGAUGACUGGUACCUGAAGUAUAUCACUGUAAAAACACCAAUGGGUGACUAUUUGGAGUUCCCAUGCUACCGCUGGAUUACAGAUGAAAAAGAGAUUGUCCUUCGAGAUGGAAGAGCAAAGCUCUCCCGGGAUGACAAGACACACAUUCUCAAGCAGCACAGACGCAAAGAGCUCGAGAGCCGUCAAAAAAUGUACCGCUGGAAGGAGUGGCAUCCAGGCUUUCCCCUGAGCAUCGAUGCCCUUUCACACAGGGAUCUGCCUCGUGACAUCCAGUUUGACAAUGAGAAAGGAAUUGACUUCAUUCUCAACUACUCUAAAGCGAUGGAGAAUCUUUAUAUCAACCGUUUCAUGCACAUGUUCCAGUCCUCCUGGAGUGAUUUUGCAGAUUUUGAGAGGAUCUUUGUCAGAAUCAGCAACACAAUCUCUGAAUAUGUGAUGCAGCACUGGAAGGAAGAUUUUAUGUUUGGCUACCAGUUCCUGAAUGGAUGCAAUCCUGUGCUGAUCCGGAGAUGCACUGAGAUACCCAAGAAGUUGCCUGUGACUACAGAUAUGGUAGAAUGCAGUCUGGAGAGGAACCUGACCCUGGAGGAAGAAGUGAAGCAAGGAAACAUUUUCAUUGUGGACUACGAGCUGCUGGAUGGUGUGGAUGCCAAUAAAACAGACCCAUGCACAAUACAGUACUUGACUGCACCCAUCUGCCUGCUGUAUAAGAACCUGGAGAAUAAAAUUGUACCCAUUGCAAUCCAGCUUGGCCAAAAGCCUGGGCCAGACAAUCCCAUAUUCCUUCCUUCAGAUGCCACAUAUGAUUGGCUGCUCGCUAAAAUUUGGGUUCGCUCAGCUGAUUUCCACAUCCAUCAGACUGUGACCCAUCUCUUACGGACACACUUAGUGUCAGAGGUGUUCAGCAUAGCCAUGUUCCGGCAGCUGCCUGCGGUACAUCCCCUCUUCAAGCUCUUGGUGCCACACAUGCGAUUCACGAUAGCCAUCAAUACCAAAGCCCGAGAACAGCUUAUCUGUGAAUGUGGUCUUUUUGACAAGGCAAAUGCUACAGGUGGAGGAGGACAUGUACAAAUGGUGCAGAAAGCAAUGAAGGAUCUGACUUACAGCUCUCUCUGCUUCCCUGAGGAGAUGAAAGCUAAAGGGAUGGACAGCAAAGAGGAUAUCCCCUACUACUAUUACCGGGAUGAUGGCAUUAAAGUCUGGGAGGCUAUCAGGAGUUUUGCAGAGGAUGUUAUUCACAUCUACUAUGAGAGCGAUGAGAUUGUAUCUGAGGAUGUGGAGCUCCAGGCUUUUGUCAAAGACAUUUACGUCUAUGGAAUGAGGGGUGUAAAGGCCUCAGGGUUUCCUAAGAUGAUCAGAACACGAGAGAAGCUAUCAGAAUAUCUCACAGUGAUAAUAUUCACCACAUCAGCCCAGCAUGCAGCUGUGAAUUUUGGUCAGUAUGACUGGUGUUCCUGGAUUCCCAAUGCCCCACCGACAAUGCGCUGCCCCCCUCCGACAGAAAAGGGGACAGUCACCAUCGAGCAAAUUGUGGAGAGUCUGCCAGAUAGGGGACGUUCAUGUUGGCAUCUUGGAGCUGUCUGGGCCUUGAGCCAGUUCCAGGAAAAUGAACUGUUUCUGGGCAUGUACCCAGAUGAACACUUCGUGGAGAAGCCAGUGAAAGAGGCUAUGGCAAAAUUCCGCAAGAAUCUGGAUGAGAUCGUCAGCGCCAUCUCCGAGCGCAACAAGAACAAAAAGCUGCCUUACUACUACCUGUCCCCAGAUCGCAUUCCCAACAGCGUUGCUGUUUGAGCAGAUACCCAGGAGAAGCUGGAGAUGUGUAAAGCGAGUGAUGCUUUCCUGUUACAUAUGCUUCUUUUCAAUGAACUUUCAGAAGAGGAUAAAAUAGGAAAACCCCUCUCUUGUCAGAGCUGACCCAUAGUCGAUUUGGACUGUCAAAACAAGUUUAUGACUGACCUUGCAGAGUCUAGCUGGAAACCCUCUAGGUCAAAUUUGUUACAAGUUUAU